UCGGCUCUCACUGGCUUUUAGUUUAUGAAUACAUUCCGCCUCAGCCCUCCCCAGAAAUAAUGCAUGAAUAUGGAUGGGCUGUUGUGCCUGAGUCUAUUCAGUGCAUUGGACUACCUCCAACGCUGGCAUAAAACCAGCAACGGCAGAGGAGACCAUACCGUCCAGUCCAAAGGAUAGUGAUGGGGAGCAAUGACUCAAAAGGGCUUCUGAUCACCGAGAAGGGUCUUUCUGGCAUGUCUGCAGUGAGUGACAUGUUGCGCUCGUCCUAAACGCUCGUGCGUCUGUACUGACUGGCCAAUAUGUUGAGCCGCCUGAUGAGUGGCAGCGAUCGGAGUCUUGACAGGGAAUUUAACUGUACGGUGCGACUGCUGGACGACUCGGAAUACACUUGCACGGUUCAGAGGGAUGCAAAAGGUCAAUGGCUGUUUGAGCAGGUCUGUCAGCAUCUAAACCUGUUGGAGAAAGACUACUUUGGCAUCAGAUUUGUGGACCCAGACAAGCAACGGCAUUGGCUGGAGUUAAGCAAGGCAAUUACCAAACAAAUGAGAACCCAGCCUCCCUACACUAUGUGUUUGCGUGUUAAAUUCUAUCCUCCAGACCCUGCAACUCUUAAAGAAGAGAUCACUAGAUACCUGGUCUUCCUACAGAUUAAAAGAGAUUUGUAUCAUGGCCGACUCCUGUGCAAAAGUUCAGAUGCUGCCACGUUGGCCGCAUUUAUUCUGCAGGCUGAGAUUGGGGAUUAUGACCCAGGAAAGCAUCCGGAGGGUUACAGCUCUAAGUUUCAGUUUUUCCCCAAGCAUUCUGAGCGCCUGGAGCGCCGCAUUGCUGAGAUCCACAAAUCUGAGCUGCUAGGCCAGAGUCCUGAGACAGCUGAGAUGAAUUUCUUAAGGAAAGCUCAGACUCUUGAAACAUACGGGGUUGAUCCACACCCAAGCAAGGAUGUGUCUGGCAACACAGCAUUUCUCUCAUUUACCCCAUUUGGCUUUGUGGUACUACAGGGAAACAGGAGGAUUCAUUUCCUCAGAUGGAAUGAGGUGACCAAACUGAAGUUUGAAGGAAAGACAUUUCAUAUAUAUGCAACUCAUCAAGAGGAUCAGAAGAUCAUCUUGACUUACUUUGCUCCAACACCCGAUGCCUGCAAGCAUCUAUGGAAGUGUGGGGUGGAAAACCAAGCUUUCUACCAGUUUGAGAAAUCAAGUCAAGUUCGCACUGUAUCCAGUAGUAAUCUUUUCUUCAAAGGGAGCCGCUUUAGAUAUAGUGGUAAAGUUGCCAAGGAAGUGAUGGAACAGAGUGCCAAAAUCAGACGAGAGCCUCCAGAGAUCCACAGGUCUGGGAUGGUUCCCAGUAGGAGUUGUCCCUCCAUCACUCAUGGCCCACGACAGAUUAGCGUUCCCCGAACACGAAGGAGAGCAGUGCAUAUUUCCAUCAUGGAGGGUUUGGAGUCCUUGCGUGACAGUGGCCAUUCCACGCCUGUCCGAUCAGUCUCCGAUGGAAACUCAUUCCUGCACUCCCAUGGAAAUGGAGCCGAAAGAGGAAACAGAACCAGAACGGCUGAAUUUUCCAAGGACUCUUACAGUCCCUCUGACAGCGUGCUUUCUACACCAGUGUCCAACGACCCCUCAGACCAGGCUCAGGUUCGCCACACAAACGGCCCCCGCAGCAAUCAAGAGGAAGGAGGAACAGAACUGUGUACUCAAAACCAGGCAAGGCCACAGGGUGUUAAACCCAAAGGGAAGCGUUCUCAAUUGGAGAAGUCUCGGCCUACCCAACAUGGCCCAGAGGAAAGGGUGAAUGAGUUCAUCUGUAGUUUGGCACGUCUUUUCUUAGUGACCCUGGCUCUACUCUUUGCCCUCCUUCUACUUCUUAUUGUGCUAACGGAGUCUGAGCUGGACUUGGCCUUUCUUAGGGACAUCCGGAGAACACCCGAAUUCCAGCAGUUCCACUACGAAUAUUUUUGCCCCCUUAGACGCUGGCUGGCCUGCAAGUUGCGCUGGAUGGGUGGGCAUCUCAUCGAUAAAUGAGUGUGUAAGCACCCUUCUCUGUCUACUCAGUGCAGUCUGUAGUCUAUGAGUGGGACAUUCUAAGCAUUAAUAUCAUGGUACCAUGAAAUCAAAAUGAAAUUACUAUUAUCUACAUAGCCAAAGCCUUGGAUUUCCUAAUACCAUGCCAAGACGAGAAAACUGUGUAUGUUUCAGCUCUAGUUAUUGUGAAAUUUUUGUCUGCAGCACUACUUUGUAGUCAGAUAAAAAAAAGGUAUGUAAAGCUCUUUGAAUGCUGCCGUCACCCAAUUGUAAUUUUCUAUCAUUUAAAUAUAAUAUCUACACUCAAAGAAUGUUCACAGAGACUGUGACAAGUAAGACCUCAUGCUGCAAUCAGACAAAGAUGCCUUCAUUGGUCAGACUAUAGACAGGGGCAGCAGAUAAAGGGAUAGUUCACCCAAAAAUGAAAAUUCUAUCAUCAUUUACUCACCCUUUAGUUGUUACACAAUACUUUAGUUAAUCUGCAAAACACAUAUUUAAAUAAAACCUGAGAGGUUUCUGUCCCUCCACUGUGUGUCCAGGUAACCAAAUCUUCAAAGAUCCAAAAAGGCGAAUCCAUAUAUCAAGCAGUUUAAACCGUUAAAUUCGUAUGACAUUUGAUAAUGACUUUCUGACCUUCAAUGUUUUAAUCACCUGGACUUUCUAUGGAGGGACUUAAACCAAAGUCUUACAGAUUUGGAACAAUAUCAGGGUGAGUAAAUGAAGAAUUUUAACAGAUUUUUCUUAAAUGACCUUGACUGUUUUGGGUGAACUAUCCCUCCAAUGUCGGAUGUAGGCUUGACCAUGAGUUUGGGAGUUUUUUGGAUGGCACUUUGUAAGUGUAAAAUGUUGGUAUUAUAAACAGGACUGCUGGUCAAUAGUUUGGAUCAAAGCCACUGACAGAGUUAUCUCUUUUAAUGAAGCUUCAGUAAUGUUUUGAUGAGAAUUUAAUAACACCUUACAAUAAGGUUUAAUUUGUUAACAUUAGGUAUCAUAAACUAACAAUUAAAUUUUUUUAAAGCAUUCGUCUUGGCUAACGUUCUUUUAACAUCUCUAACAUAUCAAUAUAUAUACAGUAUGGAUAAAUUAAGACUAGUGAACAAACAUAAAUUAACAAUGAAUUACACAUAAUACAUAAAUUAACUUACAAUAAAUCCUGUAGAACUGGUUGUUCAAUUUUAGUUCAUGAUACCUAAUGGAUUAAUGAAUUCAACCUCUAUUAGUAUUACAGAGGAUACAUUUGUGUAGACGUGAACACCAGGGUAUGGAUCAGCACAAAUUUCCCCUUUAACAAUUAACAGAGCGUAAACGAAUAACUGUACUUCCUAUUGCUAUCCUAUACAAAUGAACACUGAUAUUUAGUGGAAGAUGGUGGCCUUGAGAUUCUAAUGUUCUGAAGAGGAUGAAGAAAGUGCUCUGGAAAGUCAAAGUAAUGUGAAAUGUUUGAAAGUAAACUAUUUCUGAAAAGAUACUGAAUUAUCUUUUUUUUUUUUUCCUGCAUCAAUAAUUUUAGAGACCUCAUUCGUCCACUUGCACAACCUUAAUUUUCUGAAUUAAAAUGUGACAAAUGUUUUCUGUAGGCGAUGAUGGAUUCCAGUUGUGUGAUUAUGAAAUUAUCUAAAGGCAUAGUGUCAGAACUGGUAAGUGCAUUUUCCACUUAAACUAAAAUAUGUUACAUUUCUAUUGCUUUUUUGCUGCCUUCAUGAGACCCAUUCAAUAGUAAAGAGUCAUAUUGCUAAGGCCGUGAGACUAGUGGCAGAUUUAUUUAAUCAAAAUUACUAACUGAUGGUAAAUAUAAGACUGUGAGUCUGUGGAAGUAAUCAAACACAGCUAUAUGCACAUUUAAAUAUAUUUGGUAAAAAAACUUUAAAUAAAAAUAAAACCUAGCUGGAGCUA